AUGGCUGACUCCGACUCUUCCCUUUCCUCGCCUCCAGCGACAGAUGACGAAAUGCCCGUCGAUACCGCACCUGCAAUGUCGGAGAAGCCGUCGCCCCAAAAGAAGAAGAAGAAGAAGAAUGGCACUAUCUUGACUUUUUUCAAACAGCGCUCGCCGUCACCACCUCCGAAGAAGCGGCCAGCUUCGCCGCCUCACCAGCCCGUUCCAGAGGAUAAUCCAGACAUUGCUUUUAUUGUCAUGUUUCGAUCGCGCUUCAAUGAAGCCUUCCCUCGCGGCGCGCCUCAUGUUGGACCUCAGGACAUCGAGCAGGGCGUUGUUGGAGAGACGCCCUCUGCCGAUGUCGAGGGUCUAUUGUGCGCUUUACUCGGCCUCGUCCUCAAUCGCAAAAAGCCUGUCGAGUCAGUCUCACCCUUUGAUAUCAUGAGAUCAUGUACACGCUGGUCGCCAAGCUGUACCGGACCAUCUAGAGAAAAGCAAGCUGACAUUAUGGUGUUGAACAGAAAAGGGCAUUAUGGCCGCGCCCUUGAAGAAGCCAUCCAAACCCAAAAAUCACAAUGGCCACGCAAGUGGACGGCAAACCCCCUCAACGGCGGUCGCAGCUUUAAUACCAUGACGGCGGUCGAACGUAUCACUCUUCUUCACACCCUCGCACUCUGGAGUCUAAACCAAAAUGAACAGGUCAAAGCAAUGGUCAAUGACGCAUACAAGGCUCGAACCACAAAGGACAGACUGGACACAAACAUUCCGCUCUCGGUUCAACCGUGGGGCCGCGAUGGGGACAAGCGCCGGUACUGGCUGGUCGAGGGGCAGAACGACACACAUUUCCGCAUCUACCGCGAGAGCGACCCAAAGCUGAAGAAUGUGCAAUGGAUUAGCGUUGCAGGCUCUAUUGAAGAGCUGCAGGUGCUAGCUAAGAAGUUGGACGAAGAGGAUGGUCACCGAGAGGCAAAGGCCCUCGGCGAGCGCAUGCUCAACGCCAUCCCCCGCUUCGAAGCUUCAGAAGGCAAACGAAAACGACGCGAAUACCGCGUGCAGCGCAGCGCAGCCUUCUCGCGACCUGGUCCCGACUACCCCUCGCUCUACGAAGGCCGCACGCGUGGCAAGCGUCUGCGAUACAACUAUGCAGAUGAAGAAGACGAGUUCGCAUCAGAAGACCUUCCCGCUCGCCGUUCUGGACGGAAUUCUGGGCGUGAGACGUCUGUUGCGCCAUCUGGGCCGACGGUUACGGCUAGUGGUCGGCAGGUCCGAUCUCGGGCCACAGGCGCAUACGGCGAGACACUGCACAGCGGACAGGUUGAUGAUCGCGUGUCGCCUGCGAUGGGAGACUAUGUUCGAUCGUCUGAGGAGCCACAGCAUAGUCGGGCAACACGCGCCGGCAAGCGGGAUGCCACGAAUGGUCGGCCCGUCCACGGCACAGUCGACUCGGAUGAGGAGGACGCGACAUCUUGGGAUGGCGGCGAUGAAGAAGAAGAAGAAGAUCAGGAGCCUGAGCAGAUGGAUCUGGACGAGGAUGAAGGCGAUGCAGCAGACGACUCCAUGGAUCAAGGAGACGAACCACAAUCCCUAAUGGUCACCCUACGCUAUCGCAAGAGCACUUCUGCCCAGCCAUCUGUCCAGCCUCCGGCAACAACGAAUGGAAUCGUGAAAGACGAUGUACACACGAGCGAUCCACCCUCCACAGGCCUCCCAGCACAACCUGAACUCGCGCCUACCCCAGCGCAACCACCCCACCCAACUCUUCCACCCUCUCAACACGCACCAGCUUCCCCAAUCCCAAACGGCAUCUCCACGCACCCACCGCAACAUUCGAUUCCGCCUGCCUCCCCGAUUCCCCCUUCCACGGCACCUGCUCCGUCAGCCCAACAAACCCAGCCCUUGACCCUGGCCCCGUCCGACACGGCUCCCAAACCAGAAGGCUUCUUUGCGCCUACACCGCCGUAUAGUGCGCGAGACGAGGGCAAGGUGGAGCAGAGUCGUGGGUGA